AUCGCGCCAUUCCUAUUUUCCCGACAACAAUGGAGACAAUAUUUCCUGAAGCACUUUCUAGAACAGUCUUGUAUAUCCCCACUGUGGGCCUAAUAACUGCUCUGUCACUACUAGCAUCAUUUCUUAUCAUUUUUGUGUCGGACGUCCUCUACUGUGGCUUCAAAACAAGGGCCGUACGAUGGGCUCCUUGUAUCCCAGGAAAGUCACUACUGAGUGAACGAUACCGUCCGAAUAAAUCGAUGGAUCACUACCUUGAGGAGUUUGUCGAUGCAUAUCGAAAGUACACCAAGAAUGGGAAAGCCUUCUCAAUAUCGGACGGUGCGGGGACGGGAUAUAUCGUGUUGCUUCCUCCGCAACACUACCAAGAUUGGUACAAUGUUUCCAGGGACCACGUCAAUUGGGGAAAGGCGUUAAAUGGG